AUGCCCAAGCGCACCAUGGGAGGGAAGGCCGACGCCGGGGCCGACGCCAUGCCGCACGAAGCAUCCAAGCGCCGUGCGAAGCUGCACAUGGAGAAACCCCUCCCCGCCGGCGAGGGGUCCAGCCGGCAGCAGGGCGGCCGUGACGUCGUCGACCACGUCCAGGCUCCGGUGCAGGUGUCACCUACGCCGGAGCAGGUGGCUCCUCCGCCGGAGCAGGUGACUCCUCUGCCACGCCAUCUGCCUCCUCUGCCACCCCAUCUGCCUCCUCUGCCGCAGCCCGUGGUCAACGUCGACGGCGACGACGACGAAGAAGAGGUAGCUGCUCUGGCUCCUCAGACGGAGCAGGUGACGCCUCCUGUGCCUGAGCCUGUGGUCGUCGGCGAUGUCAACAAAGAAGACGUAGCUCCUCUGGCUUCUCUGCCGAAGCAGGUGGUGGCUCCUCAGCCUCAGCCAGGUGUUCGUCUGCCGCGGUUGUUGCCUCCCCUGCCCCCACCUAUGGUCGUCGCUGACAAGAACGAAGAAGAGAAAAGAGCAAAAGAACGGAAAAAGGGAGAGAGAGAAAAGGCCCCUGACCCCCCACCCCUCGGCCUAACCCUCCGGGCUAAGCCCAACAGGCCAUGUGGCCCACUACCCCUCCCCAUUCGUCUCCCACCUCCCACUGUUCGACCGAUCGGGCACCUCGGCGACACCCGACCACCUCGCAGGCCUCGCCGGGAGAGGAUAAGGGCGACGCCUCGGGCUCCCCUUCCACUUGCUCUGCCACCCCACUCGCGCCAGUCCUUUUCCCUCGCCCGCUUCGCUCUCUCCCUCGCACCCCAGAUCCCCUCCCCAUCGCAUCCGAACGCCACGGCCGCCAUGGCCGCCGUCGCCCUCGCGGCCACCGUCCUCCACGCGUCCUUCCAACAUGCUUGUUCGCUCCGCCACCGUCCCCUACACCGCUUGCCACCACCAGUUGGACCUGGGAGCCCCUGCAACGAGCACACCGAGCUCGUCUUCAACUUCGGUCGCCGGCGAUCCCUUUCUGCCCCGGCGCCGAUCUGCAGCUACUAA